CGCUGCGCUGAACAAACCAACUACAAAUUAUCAACGACGAACUUACAGAAAAAGACGUUUGCAGUGGAAAAUAAAUAUCUAUCUGUCAUGAUAGUCUAUUAAACAGAUAAAGAGAGUCCAGACAAGUGGUCCUUAAAAGUUUUAUAUUCUUUAUCUUUCGAGUUGGUCAAGGAAAAAAAGAGCUAUAGGCAGAAUAUCAGGACGAGUAUUCAAAUCAAAGCCUAUCACAAUUUGAAGCGAUCAUGGAUUCCCGGAGGCACAUUUUGUGUCUUCUCGCCAUCGUCAUUGCCGUCGUUGUUCCUCCAUCCCAACUGGUCAGCAUCAAUGAUGUCGACGGAAGUCGUGAUCGUCGGGAUACCCGUCUAGAAGAAGCUUUGGCGUUCUUGGACGAGUACAAUUCGACAGCGGAGAUGGUGUUCUUUGAGUCCUCGUCGGCGAGUUGGGCUUACUCAACCAAUCUUACGGAUUACAAUCAAGAGAAAGAGGUUGAAGCCAGUCUAAAAGCUUCGGCUUUUAGUAAGAAAUCUGCGAUGAGGGCUCGCGAGUUCGAUGAUGUCAAGGAUAGUUUUCCCGAGGACGUUCAACGUAUACUUGGUUUCAUAGCCGACAUCGGCGUAUCUGCACUCGACAACGACACCGUACAGGAGUACAAUGAGAUCAUGGGCCAGAUGAAUAGGAUAUACAGCUCUACCCCAGUGUGUCGACCGGACGAUCCAUCGGAGUGUCUCUACCUUGAACCGGGUCUCGCAAAGAUUAUGGCGACCUCGACAGACUGGGAUGAACUAGUGUGGGCUUGGCAGGAAUUCCGUAAUAGUGUAGGGAGACCCAACAAGCCUCUUUACGCAGAAUACGUGGAUAUCGCUAAUCAAGGAGCAAGAGCGAAUGGGUAUGAGGACCUAGGUGAUUCGUGGAGGUCGGGAUAUGGUGACGACCUCGAGACACAAGUUUAUGAACUCUACAAUGCUAUUCUACCACUUUAUAAACAGCUCCAUGCUUACGUCAGAAGAAAGCUGAAUGGAGUCUACGGAUCCGAGCACGUACCCCUCACUGGCCACCUCCCGGCGAAUGUACUAGGAGACAUGUGGGGACGAUUCUGGACAAACAUCUAUCCACACGUCGUGCCUUACCCUGAUCUUCCUAAUAUUGACGUAUCUGAUGAAAUGGUCAGACAGAAUUACACAGUCGACAAGAUGUUUCGUAUGGCAGAUGAAUUCUUCAGCUCGAUGGGUCUAUAUCCGGCCAACAAUGCAUUCUGGAAUCAUUCAAUGUUUGAAAGACCCGACGAUGGUAGGGAUGUGGUCUGCCACGCCUCAGCAUGGGACUUCUACAACAGAGUAGACUUUAGGAUUAAGAUGUGUACAGAGGUGAACAUGGACUACUUUUUGACAGUUCACCAUGAGCUUGGACACAUCCAGUAUUAUUUGAACUACAAACAUCAGCCGGUAUCCUUUCGCGACGGAGCUAACGGCGCGUUCCACGAGGCCAUUGGGGAAUUGAUGUCACAAUCGGUAGCCACGCCCAAACAUUUGAAAGUGGUUGGAUUGUUUGACGGAGAGGAUGACCCAAUGGCAGUAACAAAUACGGAUAUAAACUUCUUGCUGAAGAUGGCGCUACCAACGAUUGGAACCCUUCCAUUCAGCUUAGCUUUGGAGCAAUGGAGAUGGGAUGUAUUCAGCGGAAAAACAGACGUCAAUGCGGGAACAGCAAGAUGGUGGCAACUUAAGAAUGACCUGAUCGGAGUCAAAGCUCCCGUUGAAAGAACUGAAGAAGAUUUCGAGGCCGGUGCCAUGUAUCACAUUAUCAUAUCCUAUCCAUUCAUUGGAUACUACAUUCGGACUAUCAUUCAGUUCCAGUUUUACCAGUCUCUUUGCCAGUCAGCAGGACACACGGGACCACUCCAUAAAUGCGACUUCUACGAGUCCAAAGAAGCCGGGGAUAAACUUGCUGCAAUGUUAUCACUGGGUUCAAGCCGCCCGUGGCCUGAAGCAAUGGAGGCCCUCACCGGUCAGAGAGAGAUGAAAGCAGACGCCAUCUUGGAAUACUUUCAGCCCCUGAUGGAAUGGCUGGAGAACAUUAACGAAGAGAACGGAGAUGUGAUUGGAUGGGAAGAGCCAAUGAUGACUACUCAAGAGUCUACAACAGCUGGAGGUCCCUCUGCGCUGGGAGGAAGCAGCGUCUUGGUGAUCUGUUUCUUCGCCAUCAUAUCAAAACUUAUAUAAUUAGCUCCAACACACCAUUUCUUCAAGGGGAAACGUGACAAUUUUCGGGCCAAAUCAAGAAUUGAAUAGGAUUUUAUAUGAAAAUAUGCCUAUAGUUAUCUUCCGUUUUGCGUUUCUUUAAUGUAAAGUCAACUCUAUUUUAUUGUUAUUUUGCCAAGAUAUAUUUUAAAAGUUCAUUGGUGAGGUCUUUGCCAAAAGGAGAAACACGGUUGGCAAUCGUUUGUACAAAUCAAUUGUGCUCUAUCAUCUAUUUUAGCUUUUAGUUUGCACUCUGUGAAACAAGUAGAACAGUUGAACUAUAUAAAAUAAAUUCUUACUGUCUGAUGUAAGAAACCAAUAACGAUGAUCCUAUUAUCAAUUUGCACUUGAUUACAAGUUUUAUGAUUGACUCUUGAUAAUACUAUUACCUUGCAACUGAUAUCAAGCUUAAUGCAAUAGAUGGAUGAGCAAAUAAUAUGUAUACCCAGAAAAAAACUGUGCUCCUCACUACUCCAAAAUAACUACUACUUCAAAAAUAUUUAGAUAUAUUUCGAAUGAGUAUACUAUGCAAAUAAAUGAUUUUUUUAUACUCUUACAGUAUAAAAAAAAUGACCUUGUGACUGACUCCAUAUCUUUAAUAUGAAGCUUCGGUGUCAAUUUUGUAUUCUUAUGGGGAGGUAAUCUAUCGAAGUUGGCCAAAGAAUGAAACAUGAAACUGCGAAGCAUGAACAGCGGUUGAAGAACAUAAGAAAAUGAUAUAAAAGACACUAUAUAAUUAUGAGAGGGGGCUGGGAGAAAGAUGCAUAGAUUAUAUAUAGUCAGCUUGAUUGAUCUAUUGAGAGAGCAAGAGAGAGAGAGCAGGAGAGAGAGUAUGGGGCUAUAUUGAAUGGAUAAUAAAGAAUAAACUAUAUUGUACAUGUAUAUAUAUAAACAGUAAUAAAUUCCUCAAUGAAAAGAG